CACUUGGUCUCUAGAAGACUAGAACCCUAAACCCUCUCCGUCUCUUCCCUUUUUCACAAUCUCGCAUUCGACAUUUCUACCCCAUCCUCAAAACUUCCUUAAGUCUCCAAAGCCAGUAAAGCCCAUCCAUUUUUGCAUUAUAAGAUCUCAUUCUCACCAUUAAAAUGUCAAUUUCUAGCUCCACCAAACUUAUUCGUCAAUUAUCAACCGCUCCCUCAAUGUCAAUUUCCAAAGCAAAAUAUAAACUCAGAACAGAACAUGACCCAGAUAAAGCCUUACAAAUCUAUUCUUCUGUAUCUGAUCACUGCAGUAAUCAUGUCUCUUCUCGUUAUGCACAAGAACUCACUGUGCAACGUCUUGCCAAAGCUCAGCGUUUUACUGACAUUGAAACCCUAAUUGAAGCCCAGAAAAAAGACCCCAAAAUCAAGCAAGAACAGUUUCUAUGUACUUUAAUAAGAUGUUAUGGUAAAGCAGGUAUGUAUGAUCAUGCUAUUAACACCUAUAAUCAAAUGGAAGAAUUGGGUACUCCUAGAACAACUGCUUCUUUCAAUGCUUUACUUGCUGCUUGUAAUCAUUCUAGAAUGUUUGAUAAUGUCCCCCAACUGUUUGAUGAAAUGCCCAAAAAAUAUAAUUUUAUUCCUGAUAAAGUUUCUUAUGGGAUUUUGGUAAAGUCUUAUUGUAAGAAGGGUGAGCCUGAAAUGGGUUUGAAAACUUUGAAGGAAAUGGAGGAUAAAGGAAUUGAGAUUACUGCUGUUACUUUUACAACUAUAAUGGAUUCAUUAUACAAGAAAGGGAAGAUUAAUGAUGCAGACCAUGUUUGGCAUGAGAUGGUGAAGAAAGGGUGUUCUAUUGAUGUUGCUGCUUAUAAUGUUAGGAUUGGUCAUGUACAUAGCAAUCAGCCAGAGGAUGUUAAGGCUUUGAUUGAAGAAAUGGAUGCUUUGGGGUUGAUACCAGAUAUGAUUAGUUACAACCAUUUGUUGACUAGCUAUUGUAGGAAUGGGAGGAUGGAUGAGGCUAUGAAACUCUACAAAGAUUUAGAGGCAAAUGGGUAUAAGAUGAAAGCUGCCACAUUUAGGAUUUUGAUUUCUUAUUUGUGUAUCAAUGGAGAUUUUGAUAUGGGUUAUGCUGUGUUUAAGAGGAGUGUUUUUCAUAACAAGAUCCCUGAUUUUGAGACAUUGAAGAUCUUGGUGGAAGGGUUGGUUGCCAAGAAGAAUAAGAAGGAUGCCAAAGGAUUGAUUAGGACUGUUAAGAAAAAAUUUCCCCCUAAUGUUUUGAAUGCUUGGAAGAAAGUUGAGGAAGAACUUGGUUUGAUUUCUCAACAAUCUUCUCCUGGUACCCCUGUUGAUCAGCCGACGGUUGUAGGAUAGUGAUUAUAGUGAUCUUAAUCAGGGAAGGUUAUGAUCAUGUUUAACAUAUUCAACUGCAUAGGGCUCAAAAAAUAGGGUGCCUUAAUAUUUAUACAUAGUACUCGUUAAGUGUUUAAAGAAAUAAAGUUAAAAAAAAUCAGUUUUUGAAAUUACACUAAGCUUUCAAAGAAUUUGUUAAUUUUUGCACCGUCCUUAAUCUUAAUGAGCUUUGCAAUGUCAUAAACAUUCAAAAGUUCUUCCCUUAAAACUCCCUUGAGGCUGAUUUUGUCUGCAUUCCCUGAUUGGAACCAUUUUUUUUUGCUUGGCUAGCUUGAUAAAUGAAGGAUAUUGGAGCAUUAGUUUUCAGGCAUCAAUUGAUCAAAUCAUGUGAAACCUUAAAGGGGCUUUCUAUGUUCUCAAAUACUUUAUACAUUUUGGUUUAUUGACAAUCAUUCAAGUUUGUUUAAUAUUUCGUUCUAUUAUACCUACUUGUCACAAUUUAGUUUUUGGUCACUGUUGUUUAUUAUCCUUUAUUUGUAUUUUAUUGUUAAUUUAAAAGUUAAAAUAUAUUGAAAUGAGAUUUUAUUCGUUUCGUCUC